GUAUCUAUCACAUUAUGUUCAUCAUAGAGAAAAUACAAUAUACGUAACAAUAGAAAAAAUGGAUUUACUUAUUGUUUAAGAGAAAUUAUUUCAAUUAUGCUUUAAAAUGACAAAGAAUAAAAAAAAUGGAGAAUUAUAAAUUUCAUUUCCAUGAAGACACUUUCGAUAAAAGUGAUUAUGAAGUAGACAAAAGGGAAUAUCAUAGGACUGAUCCAACAGGUUAUGAUGGCUACCAGAACGAUAGAAAUUCACUAUCACUACAAGAACAACAAGAACAACAACAACAGCACUUUCCACAUGACUAUCAAAAUCAUAAUGACAGUGUAAAUACCUCUCGUCCUCCACUGCGUCAACAGCACAGUUUUCAUUCCCACCACCAUCAUUCUCAUCAUCCUCAUCAUCAUACAGUAUGGAAAGGAAGACAGAAUACAUAUCGUGAAACAUUCAUAAAAACUAUUUAUUUAACUUGUGCAACAAUUAUUACUACAUGUUUUAUUAUUGAAUGUAUACUAAUCCACUUAGUUAUCUUACCGUGUCAACAUGAAUCUGGAUUUCUACCGACUGAAUGUGCAUAUGUAAAAACAGAAUUAGUAGCAUCGUCAGUUAAAUGUGAGAAUAAAUGUUCAAAGGAUAGAUCCACAUUUCAGUGUAUACGUGUAUUAGUUACAUAUUCUCGAUUGAAUGAGAAUUUUACAGCAAGUUUAUUUGAUAAUAUAGCAACAUAUCAAUACUAUCAUUCACUUGGGUGUGCAACGAGCUCAUGUCAUCGUCAAAAUUCAGCAAAUCAUGAAUGGGUGGACCACUUUUGUCAGUUAAUAAAAAAAGCUGCACGAUUUCCGUGUUAUGUGCACGAAGAUCAUAUUAAAGAAGCACUGCUGCACAAAUUCUACGGACCGUCAACAAUGUUCAAUACUUUAUUCUGGCCUUUAUUCUUAUUAUGUUUGUCCAGUUUGUGUUUACUCAUCACAUGGUCUUUUGAUAGAUGUCAUGUAUGGCACGAUGAGAAGACAAUAAUAGCAUAAUAUUCAGUGCAAAUAUUUUUGUUUUUUAACGCAUUAUUAUGUAAUCAGCCCAUACAUGUGGUACUACGGUACUCAUAUCAUAGAUG